AUGACCAGCUCUCUUCACAUUUCUGAGAACCAUUCGAAGUCUCUUGACACUCCUGACGACGAGUUCGGAAAGGUCCAACACUUCCAUGAUGGCGAAAAGGAGUAUAUAAUGAUCGGACAACAGAAAUUCUUGAAGGAAGACUUGGCCCAAGCCUUCGGUGGUCGAAUGCAGGUGGAGCAGUUUGCACCAGCUCCUUCAAGACGCUUUGCCAACCCGGCGCCUCUAGGCUUGUGUGGUUUUGCCUUAACCACGUUUGUGUUGUCCAUGUGUAACGCAAGGGCAAUGGGGAUCAAGACUCCAAACAUUGUAGUGGGCUUGGCAAUGUUCUACGGUGGGCUCAUCCAACUCUUGGCUGGUAUGUGGGAAAUUGCGGUUGAGAACACUUUUGGUGGGGUUGCUCUUUCCUCCUACGGUGGGUUCUGGAUGUCCUACGCAGCGAUUAACAUUCCGUGGUUUGGUAUCGUGGCGGCUUACGAGGAUAAUCCCCAGGAGUUGGCCGACGCGGUGGGAGUUUUCUUGUUGGGUUGGUUUAUUUUCACGUUCUUUAUGUUGUUGUGCACCAUGAAGUCUACCGUAGCGUUUUUCUUGUUGUUUCUCUUUCUUGACAUUACCUUCUUGCUCUUGGCCAUCGGAGAGUUUAGUGGUAAGGUGGGGGUUACCAGAACUGGCGGUGUGUUUGGUGUCAUCACUUCGUUUAUCGCCUGGUACAAUGCCUAUGCGGGUAUUGCUAACAUCCAAAACUCCUAUUUAAGAGUCAAGGUUGUCCCCUUUCCGACGAGAUCUAUGGCUUGA